UCGUUCUCCUCUGGGGAUCUACGUGUUGGCCGGAUGUCGAUUUCAGACGGACCAAAACAUCUUUCCGAAAGUUGACGUGGAGGUAUUUUUUAUUUUUUUUAAACAAUGGCAGCUAACAAAGUAGAAAUUUCAAGUGAUAGCGCCGCUGCAAUACAGAAUCAAAAUGCACAUUCCCAGUCUAAUAAUCCGCUGUCAAGGAAGCUUAAUAAAAUACUGGAGACGAGGCUUGACAACGAUAAGGAGAUGCUUGAGGCUUUGAAGGCGCUGUCUGUGUUCUUCACUGAGAACAGUUUGCGCACCAGGAGGAAUCUUCGCGGUGAUAUAGAAAGACGAACCUUGGCAAUCAAUGAGGACUUUGCACGAAUAUUUAAAGAAGUAAAAGAGGAGCUAGAAAGUGUUAAUGAGGAUGUCCAGGCCAUGCGGUCAUGUUGUGAAGAAAUGACCAACAGAUUGAAAGCUGCAAAGGAGAAAACACAAGACCUCACAGUAAAAACCAACAAGCUGCAGGGAGAAAAUCACCGCCUGGAGGUGAGAGCUCAGAUUGCUCAGGCUUUCCUUGCCAAGUUCCAGUUGUCUCAUGAGGAGAUGGCCACACUGCGAGGGGCUCGAGAUGCACCCAUUACUGAGGAUUUCUUCAAAGCUCUCAACCAGGUGAAGCACAUCCACGAGGAUGUAAAAAUCCUCUUGCGAACCAACCAGCAAACUGCAGGGUUAGAGAUCAUGGAGCAGAUGGCCGUGUUACAGGAGACAUCAUAUGAGCAGCUCUACCGCUGGGCUCAGGAUGAAUGCAGGGGACUGACCCAGGAGACUUGUGAUAUCAGCCCUGUCAUGACUCAGGCCAUGGAGGCCUUACAGGACCGACCUGUCCUUUACAAGUACACCCUGGAUGAGUUUGGGACUGCACGCAGGUGUGCAGUGGUACGAGGCUUCAUUGAUGCACUUACCCGCGGUGGGCCAGGAGGAACUCCUCGCCCCAUAGAGAUGCAUUCACAUGACCCCCUGAGGUAUGCUGGAGACAUGCUGGCCUGGCUGCACCAAACCACCGCCUCAGAGAAAGAGCAUCUAGAAGCUCUGCUAAAACAAGUCACUCUGCAAGGUGUGGAGGAGAACAUGCAGGAAGUAGUCGGGCACAUCACUGAGGGAGUCUGCAGACCGCUGAAAGUUCGAAUAGAACAGGUCAUUGUGUCUGAGCCAGGUGCUGUGCUGCUUUACAAGCUUUCCAACCUGCUUAAGUUCUACCACCACACCAUCAGCUCUAUUAUUGGGACCAGUGUGGCCUCCUUGCUCAUUACAAUUGAGGAAAUGCACAUCCUCAGCAAAAAAAUGUUCUUCAACAGCCUGAGCCUUCAUGCAAGCAGACUCAUGGACAAGGUAGAGCUGCCACCCGCGGACCUGGGACCUACAGCCUCCCUCACUCAGACUCUCUCCCUCCUCAGGGAGGUGCUGGCCUCUCAUGACUCUUCAGUGGUUCCUCUGGAUGCUCGCCAAGCUGACUUUGCUCAGGUGCUGUCUUGUAUCUUGGAUCCUCUUCUGCAGUUGUGUACUGUGUCAGCCAGUAACCUUGGCACUGCUGACAUGGCUACCUACAUGGUCAACUCACUGUAUGUCAUGAAGACCACGCUCGCUUUCUUUGAGUUCACUGACAAGAGGCUCGAAAUGCUUGAGUUCCAGAUCGAGGCUCAUCUUGACACUCUGAUCAACGAGCAGGCGUCCUACGUGCUGACCAGAGCCGGGCUGAGUUACAUCUACAGCUGCGUCCAGCAGCACAGUACUGAACAGGGUCCUCUGUCCCUCCUCCCCAGCAUGGACAGCUCCUCUGUGAAAGCAGCAAUGGUCCAGUUUGACCGGUACUUGUCGUCACCAGACACUCUUGUGAUGCCACAGCUCAACUUCCUGCUCAGUGCAGCCAUCAAGGAGCAGAUAUUCCGUCAGUCGACAGAGCUGGUGUGCAGAGCCUAUGGAGAGGUUUACACAGCGCUGACCAGCCCAGCUAAUGGCUAUAAGGAACCAGAGAACCUGGUACCCAGAUCCCCUCAGCAGGUUCAGACCUUGCUGUCUUGAGUGACACUUUUGUCCCAUGUAGUUACCUCGAGCGUUGGACUUCCUGCAGCUUGCAGCUGUCAUUUGUGCAGUGUAAUAAUACACAUGUAUAUAAAAGUAGUUGUUAAGGAUUGGUUCUUUGAGGGAAAUGUGGGAUGUGCAUCGCUGACCUCAGAGAGAGACAUGCCUGUAUACAGCGCCUCCUGUGUGCCAGGAUUAAAGACCAUUAUAUAUAUA